GUGACCGAGGGCCGCGGCUUGCUCACCGGCCUGGAGGACAGGCUGGAGGACCUGAAAGGCCUGUACAAGCGCAAGUUCGGCCUGGACGUGGACGAGGAGGAGGACGAGAGCCUCUUCGAGGACGCGGACGGCACCAAGUGGCAGGUGACCGAGGGCCGCGGCUUGCUCACCGGCCUGGAGGACAGGCUGGAGGACCUGAAAGGCCUGUACAAGCGCAAGUUCGGCCUGGACGUGGACGAGGAGGAGGACGAGAGCCUCUUCGAGGACGCAGACGGCACCACGUGGCAGGUGACCGAGGGCCGUGGUUUGCUAGUUGGCCUGGAGGACAGGCUGGAGGACCUGAAGGGUCUGUAUAAGCGCAAGUUUGGCCUGGACGUGGACGGGGAGGAGGACGAGAACGAUAGCCUCUGCGAGGACGCGGACGGCACCAAAUGGCAGGUGACAGAGGGCCGCGGCUUGCUCACCGGCCUGGAGCACAGUCUGGAGGACCUGAAGGGCUUGUACAAGCGCAAGUUUGGCCUGGACGUGGACAAGGAGGAGGACGACAGCCUCUUCGAGGAUGCGGACGGCACCAAGUGGCAGGUGACCGAGGGCCGCGGCGUGCUGACGGGCCUGGAGGACAAGCUGGAGGACCUGAAAGGCCUGUACAAGCGCAAGUUUGGCCUGGACGUGGACGGGGAGGAGGAGGACGAGAGCCUGUUCGAGGACGCGGACGGCACCAAGUGGCAGGUGACCGAGGGCCGUGGUCGGCUGACUGGCUUGGAGGAAAGGCUGGAGGACCUGAAGGGCCUGUACAAGAGCAAGUCCGGUCUGGACGUGGACGAGGAGGAGGACGAGAGCCUCUUCGAGGACGCGGACGGCACCCAGUGGCAGGUGACCGAGGGCUGUGGUCCACUCGCAGCUCUGGUGGAGAGGCUGCAAGACAUCAAGGCCUUGUACAAACGCAAAUACGGUCUGGACGUGGACGAGGAGGAGGACGAGAGCCUGUUCGAGGACGCGGACGGCACCAAGUGGCAGGUGACCGAGGUUCGGCCUGGACGUGGACGAGGAGGAGGACGAGAGCCUGUUCGAGGACGCGGACUGCACCAAGUGGCAGGUGACCGAGGGCCGUGGUCCACUCGCAGCUCUGGUGGAGAGGCUGCAAGACAUCAAGGCCUUGUACAAGCGCAAGUUCGGCCUGGACGUGGACGAGGAGGAGGACGAGAGCCUGUUCGAGGACGCGGACGGCACCAAGUGGCAGGUGACCGAGGGCCGUGGCUUGCUCAUCAGCCUGGAGGACAGGCUGGAGGACUUGAAAGGCCUGUACAAGCGCAAGUUCGGCCUGGACGUGGACGAGGAGGAGGACGAGAGCCUCUUCGAGGACGCGGACGGCACCAAGUGGCAGGCGACCGAGGGCCGCGGUCCGCUCACGGCCCUUGA